CAGGGCCCAGGCAUUUGGGCCAUUUUCUCUUGCUUUCCCAGGAGUAUUAGCAGAGAGCUGGGUUGGAAGUGGAGCAGCCAGUACUAACUGAUGCCAAUAUGGGAUGCUGGCAUUACAGGUGGUAGCUUAACCUGCUACACUGCAAUGCAGGCCUCUGAAUUAAAACAUUUAAAAAUUAUUAAAAUAUUAAAAAUAUAUACAAGUCUUAAAGAAGGAAGGUGGCAGGUGGUUUAGCAUUCUUGUCAGUUUUUCUUAGCUUUCUAUAAAGCAUGUUUCUUUUUAUUAAGCAUCACACUAUUACUAAUUUAGUGUUACUGAAAUUGUAAGAGGUUAUAAAUUUAUAUAAACUUAAGUUUUUAUUUGUUUGUUUGAGAGGUAAAUAGAGAAUUUCCAUCUGAUGGUUUACUACCUGAAUUCCUGUGACACCUUGGGGUUGGGGCAAAGGCCAAAGCUGGGAGCUCAGUCCAGGUCUCCCUCUUGAGUGGCAGGGACCCAUUUAGUUAAGCCAUCACUGCUGUCUCCCAGAAGUUGCAUUAGCAGGAAAAUGGAGUCAGGAGGUGAGUAUUGAGUCCAGGCACUCUGAUAUGGGAUGCAGUGUCUUAAUAGCUAGACCAAACACCUGCCCCUAAAAUCUUAUUUUAAAGUUAAAAAACUCCUUUUCUAAAAAACCACUUACCUCCCCUUCUCCACAAUUGAGUAGUUAAGAAGCACAAACACAUAGAAGUUCAUGUGUUUAAUUUUUUAAUCAAACUAAGGUUUUAAUUUUUGUUCUUGAUUUUUCAAUAUUUAGCAGUUAUUCAAAAUGACUCAGUGUUUACUGUUUAAUAUUUGUGUCUAUGAACAUCUGUGUCAUCUGCUUAUCUAAAUACCUUAGUGUUCUUUGGAGGAAUCAGCCACCCCUGACCACACAGAAUCUUAGCCCUUCACUGGAAUCCAAAGAAAUUGAUUGCCUUCAUUCACUAAGACUAUGACUUUAUUGUUAUUAAUUAAUUGAAAAAUAAUUUUACAUCCAUCUGUGCUAUAACUCAAAAAAAUCCCUUUAGUUUGAGUUUUACUUGUAGACACAAAGAUACAAAUGCUAUGGGACAUGACAUUAAUGGGUACUAACCCCAGCUAAGGCCUAGGAACUUGCUCUUUUCUUAAAGAAGUCUCUGAUGUCAUUUUGACUUUUGAUCAUCUGUAGGAAGACAGAAUGGGAAAUAUGUGAGCUAAGUCUCAGAUUAUUAUAUUAUAGCGGCUGAUAUAGUGGUCUGUAAGUAGGUUUCAAAGAUGGUUUUCUGAAGCUGCUUCUUUAGAUGUAAUUUUUAAAAAUGUGAAUUAGCAAUAAUUGCUGAAAUAUUUUGAUAAGAGACAGACUUAGUUGAAGGUAUUGCAGAAGCACCUAAAUACCUUUCCUAUGAUUGGGUCAGGAUCAUUGAUCUGUAAUUGGGAAGUGACUGUGGAUUUAUCAUCGACUUGUAACCUUCUAUGUGGUUGCUGAACUUGACAUCUUGUGAAUUGUCCCAGGCCUCACAGUGAGUGGCAGGGCAACUCAGAAUGUAGAGUGUACUGUUAAUAAAUGUCUUGAACUCUUGUUUUUCAUUAGUUUGACUUAAGUUGAGCAAGGUACAUGCCUCAAGGAAACUUCUCCUCUUAUUAUUUCAAUAUGAAAUACAUUUAUGUUUUCAGAAGUUUGUUAGUCACUCUUUAAUGCCUAUUUUGGAUAUUGGUCAUUUUCUACUUUAUUUCUGCCUAAAAGAUUAGUAACGUCUUUUGCCUCAUUGCACUCCUGAAAGCAAGAUGGGUCACCACCAGCAGCUCUACUGGAGCCACCUGCGAAAAUUCUGCCAGGCUUCCAUUCUUGCCGUCUGUUCAUACCCACACGGUCUGACCCGGAAAUACGGGCCUAACAUGUGCUGCCAUUGUUUCCAUCAGUACGAGAAGGAUAUGGGCUUCAUUAAGCUGGGCUAAGUCAUUCUCCUUGAAUGGAUUCUACAAGACAUCGGCGCUGUAGAAAAUCAUACUAGCUCUUUGUGCAUAAAAUAACUUGAAUUUAUUUAAAAAAAUAAGGUUAUUAACUUUUUGAGGAUAGCAGUCAUAUCUUAACCUUUUUGAUAAUCCCUUUGGAACCUAACCGAGUACCAUUUAAUAUGUAAAGUGAAAAAAAUGAGUAGAUUACAUUUAUUUCAGUACCCAGUAUUAAAACUAUCUAGGAGGUAUUCUAGACAUUCUUUGACUUGAAUUGGUUCUUGUGCAGUUAUAGUGCUAAUGUAGUCUCCUUUUUAAAGGAUUUACCAUUUACUUGAAAGACAAGGAUGGAGGGAGUGGGAGAAAUACAGACAGGCCGAGAUGCCUGUUUAUUUGUUGCUUUACUGCACAGAUGCUGGCACAGCUAGGGCUGGGCCAGGCCAAAGCUAGGAACUGGAGACUUGAGUGGGAACUCAACCUGGGUCUCCCACAGAGGUGGCAGGGACCUUACUGCUUGAGCCAUCACCUGCUGCCUCCCAGGGUGUAACUGGUAAGAAGCUUGAAUGAGGAGUCAUGCUGGGACUGGAACCUAGCACUGUGUUACGGAAUGUGUACCUCCCUAAUGGUGUGUUAACGGCUAUGCCCAAAAAAGUAAAAAAACAAAACCAGAAAACCCUGCUAUGCCGAGAGCCCAGCCCAACUUCACUUUAAAGUAUAAGAAAUGAAAGUUAGAUAGCUUUAUACAUGUAACUAUUUAUAGGUUGAUUAUAUAUAUAGAUACAAUUUAUAAAUGAAUUGUAUUGUUUGUUGAUUACAAAAGGGAACUUUGUAAAUUUCACAAAGUUUUCUUCAACUUCUUACUGUGUAUUUUUAUGGUUACUUUUUCAUUUUUAUUUUUCAUAUCACUUGACAUAUUUUACUCAGAUUACCUCAUUAUCUCUAAGAACCCUCUGAUAGUGAUAUUGAUGAUCUAAUAUACAGCAGAUCUUGGUUCAUUAUUAUUUCAUUUAGUGGUUUAUAUAUAGACCAAGAGGGAAUUUGAAUAUUGAUUCAAGGAAUGGCUAGUAACAAUGAUUUAUGAACAAAGGAUUCAGUGCAGUUAAGCCAUUUGUACAAUUGCAUUUUACAAGCUGUUUUGAAUUUUUCUUCUGUAUUUGUCUAAACACAGUUAAUACUUAGUUGAAAGAUCUUAACUUUAGAGUACCCGUUCCUUGAGUAUUAAGAUUCAUUCUUAGUUAUAUUGGAAGAAAUAUUCACGUGUUUUUUUCUGACUUGUUAUGAGCGACUUCUCAGGUAGUUUGGUUGACAAGAUUUAUCAGUCUAGAAUAAUUUCUUAAUUGAUAACAAAAUUGUAAGCACUUUAAAUAGCAUAUAAAUGAUUAAGAUUAAGAUAACUCAACUGGAAAUACAAAAUAAGUUAAAUUUAUGAUUACCUAAGGGUGUUAGUUUUGCUCAUGUAAACAUUUUGAAAAUCAACUCAUUAUUCUUUGAUUAUUUCAUCAUUUUCAUAAUGCCAAAAUGACUUCAUUCUAUUUUUUUAUUCUAAAGGAAAAGAUAAUUUAAAAGUAAGUUUAUAUUUGAUUUACUUAGUUGCUUUAGUGAUUUUAGAACAUGUGGUUAUGUUCUUGAAUAGGUUAAAUUUUCUCAUUUUAAGGUAAAAAGGAGAUAUUGUAGAUUUUUCAGGAUUGUGGUUACAGUUACUUAAAAUAAUAAAUAUUUAGUUUGUCACUGUACUUUAGCUAUAAUAUUUUGGGAACCUAACUACAUGGCAAGCAACUAUAGAAUUUUCUAGGAUAAAUUAUCUUUGAGCUAGAAUAUAGUUUCCUUGAAGACAAGGCAUUUGUUCUUCAGUACAUUGCACAUAAUAGCUGCUCAGUAAAUAGUUGUUGACGUUAAUAAUUUGAUGAAUAAUGAAGACAGGACUUUAUCAUUAGCCUUAAUUGGAAUCUCUGCCUCUUAACUGUAUGAAUAAUUUUAAUCUACUUCUGGUUCCUCUCUCAGCCUCAGAUUUCUAAUUUUUUUUAAGAUUCAUUUAUUUAAAAGAGUUAGAGAGAUAGAUGAAGAGUGAGGAGAGAGAUAGAUCGAUCUUCUAUCCCCUGGUUCACUCUCCAAAUGGCCACAAUGAUAGGAGUUGGGCCAGACUGAAGCCAGGAAUUUCUUCCAUGUCUCCCAAGUGGGUAGCAGAGUCCCAAGCACUUGGGUCAUCUUCCACUGCUUUUCUCACUAGCAGAGAGCUGGAUUAGAAGGGGAACAGCUGGGACUCGAACCGGCACCCAUAUGGGAUGCCAGCGCUGCAGGCCACGGCUUUAACCCAUUGCAUCACAGUGCUGGCCCCUUUAAUACUGGUCUUCUGCUUUUAAUUUCUAGACUACUAGAUAGUUAAGAGACGAUACAGUCUUAAAACGAGGGAUAAUAUUUUUAGUAUUAAAGUUGGGGAAGGCAUCAACUUUUCAUGAUAUGUAAGGGAAUAUUUUGAACUGGGUAUGUAGCUUUGUUUACUUUUCUUCUGAAAGAUCAUUUGCAAGUUCAUGUUCAGUCAUAAAAUGUCCCUUACAUUGGCUUAACAAUGCCAGGUGGGGCAGACAUUUGGCAUAGACUUUGCUUGGGUGCCCGUAUCUCAUAUUGCUGUACCCAGGUUCCCGUGAAGCUCUGAUUUCAAUUCUUUCUGGUUACAUGCACCCUGGGAGGCAGCAGGAGAUGGCUCAAAUACUUGGGUCCCUCCCACCCAUGUGGGAAACCCAGAUUGAGUUUCUGUUUCAUGACUUUGGCCUUGCACAGCCCCUGCUAUUACAGGUAUUUGAGGGGUGAGCCAGCAGAUAGGGGUCUCAUCUUUCUCUCUCCCUCUUUCAAAUAAAAAUAAGCAAAUGAGAAUUUUGAAGAGAAAAUGACAGCUUUUUUUUUGUACUAUUUCAACUGGAUGUAUUUUACAGAAGAGUGGCAGGCUGCUCCGGACACUGCCUCUGGUGUCUGCUUCUACAAGCUGCUUGUGCAUGCUCAGCAUGGCUCCUGGGUCAUACAGCACAAAGCAGAUGUAAUUCACUAGGAGCUUUCCUGAACUCUUCUUUCUGCUCCUUUAAGCCUUCUCAUAGGAGAAUUUAUUCUUUCACGACAAAGAAGUUUCAGUAAAGGGUAAGACCAGGUAGGGAAUGGUAAGGGGACUUUAGCAUAGUUGAGUCAGAGUCCUCUAGACUUGACACCAGUGUCUGCAGAACUGAGAUCUGAGAGGGUGGGGAUUAAUGGUUGACCAUGUGGUUUUAGAAUCACCCUCAGCAUUGUCAGCCCCAGCCCCUAUCCUAAGAAAGCCUUUCUGAUUAACAAUAGCCAGGUUUUACCUAAGCUCAGUUACUGAAGGAAGGCUUGCCAGGGGCCAUGGUGUUUUCUGGAAGUGUUAACAAGAAGUGGAAAUUCUAGCCUGUACAAGGAUCACACAGAAAAUAUGUCUGAAACGUGACUACUGAGAAUUUCAGCUAAGUUAAAAUUAAAUUGUAAUUUAUUUUUUAAUUUUCUUAGCAUUUGCAUGGGAGCAGACUGAUGUUAGGUCUGUCUUUGUUUUGGUAAAAUAGAGAAAAGCACUUUCCUUUGACAAGGGCAUUCUGUAUCUUAAUGAUCAUAUUUUUAUUGUGCAAAUAAGAUCAGAAAUACAGAUUUUAUGAAGCUAUCUUUAGUUCUUAUUUAGAGGAGAUACACAUUUAGCACAUAAAAUCAGGCGUACGCAGAGCUUCAUGUUGUGCAGCUUUCUUGCACGGUAACAAGGGUGGAUGACUUUGGUAGAUCUUGCGCUUGGUUCUCUUUUCUCUUCAGGCUUAUAGUUGUUUUGGAUUUGAUAUCCGUGUCCUGGAGUAGAAAUCAGAUGUAAGACUUUAGAAAUGAAUCUUUAUGGUAGAUUUACUUUGGUGGAAUACCCACUUUAAUUAACUAGUUUUAAAGAAUUUUAAAUUUAGUUUUCUUAUUUAUUGAAAGCAUGCUGUAUUUUUUAUUGAUGCACAUCAACAAAAGAGAUUUAUUUUUUUUAUUGUCUAAACAAACAUCUAAUAAUUAAGCUAACUGUGAUUUCCUGGUAUUUAACAUAAAUGUGUGACUGAAAGCUGGUUAGUGGUGUUUUCCUUUUAAAUAAUUUUGCUGACAGUUUCAGGCACGAGGUAUGUAAUGCAGCUAAUAAAUAUAAGCAGGUUACUCUCUGAAAGGUUACAGCUGACUGUACAGUGUAAGUAGUGUACAAAGCGUUGAGGGCUGUUAGGAUACAGGCAGCGCUGAAGCAUAUUCCUGGAAGUCACUGUUAAGCUUUGGAAGGUUGGUAGUAAUGAUGCAUUAAUUGACUUUUUACAUGACAGAGUAAUAGGAUACUUAGUUCUAAAAAAAACCGUGGCAGGCUUGGUAGAGAAUGGCUUGAGGUUUCUAGAAACAAGAUUGGGAUGAAUUGUAUUUGAAAGGUAAGAAAAACAGCAGAGGUAGAAUAAUGGCUUGGAGUUUUAAAAAUCAUAGUCAUUUGUAGUUUAAGUAGAAAUAUGCUGCUUCUCUGUUUUCUAAGCAAUGAACUGUUACCAUGCUGUUAACCUCUAGUUCUGCCCUCACUUGAUGCUAAGCAUUCUUGAAAAAAGGUUUUCCAAAAAUCUGAAGACAGAUAGGUUAUUAAUUUUCUGUUUGUUGAAAAGCUAUGUAGUGGCCCUUUUGUGGGUCUGUUCUUGGCUUUUGUUUUGCUUAGUGAGACACUCUCACUGAGCUGUUCUUUGCAGGUGUGCUAGCUGCUUUUGCAACACUUUCUUGGAAUUUUCGUUAUAUUUGAUUAUUUAUUCAUUCUAUUCUUAGCUGGUUGUGGUUUGCUAAGGAUUUUAAUUUUCAUUGACAGUUAAAUAAAGAAUUGUUUUUAAUUUGUAUCACAGCAGUGAAAUAUUUUGCCUUAGUUUAAAAGUUUGAACUUCUGGAGAUAAUUUUAUUUGAGGUGAAGGCGAUUGGUUAGACAUUGUGGAAUGAUAAAAAAUAAAAGUGAUAUUUUUUAGUUUAGCACUGGUUGGAGUUAAGCUUUAUUUGCAUACAAGAAGCCCUGGGUUUAUACAUUCCAGAAUCUGUUGUGUGUCAGAAACAGUCGUUUGUACUGUCUUAUAAUCUACUGGAGUGCAGUUUUUAAAUUGUGUAUUAUAUUCUCAAACACUAAGAAUGCUGUGAAUUUUAGUAUGUAAAGCUGUUCAAGAAGUAGUCUGCCCUGGCCAAAGACCGCAGUGUAGAGUUCCUGGUUGUGUGGUUUCCUCCUCCUUUCCCCCUCACCAACAGAGGUUUUCCUAUCUUGGCUGCUGUUUCCUACAAGGCAGUCAUCAGUCCUUGAUUUCUUCCUUCCCUUUCUUCCCACAAACAAGGACUCUUUCAAAUAGCGGGUGACCAAAGACAGACGGAUCUUGGAUUGCUUUAAGAAAGUGGAAACGUGUUCAAGAGUUGUGCAUGUGGGCAAGCUGCCUGUGGGCAUUAGCUCAUUGAAAUCAAAGUGCCCAUUACAAGUAACACUUGGACCGUCAAAAGUAUUGCCUUGAAUAUGGCGCAGGCCAAAGUCUGAUUUAAUUUUACUUGCAGCAAUUAAUGAACCUCAUCUGCACCUUAAAAUGUUUCUAAUUUCUUGAUUAGAUCAUUGGACAGAAUAUAAGAAAUUUUUCAUUGAUUGGCUUUAUGCAUGUGACAGGCCAUGGAAUUAUCUGACUUUUCUUUAUGUUUAAUAUAAAAUAGCUUGAGGAAUUGUAAGGCAGGCACAUUGCCGCAGCACUUGUAAACAGGUUUUGUCUCUCUCCCAGUCUGGGAGCUCAGAGUGAAAAAUGAGCAGAGCAAGUCAGCCAGUUCUGUAGGGAUGUAUACCUUGUGGUUCCAUCAGAUUAAUUUUUGAUGUAUCAUUCUUUUUGUGUUUUUGGCAAUCCAAAGAGGAAGCUGGUUGCUUUUCAUUUUUGUUCUGUUACUUUGGAUGGAGCAGCCUGUGAAGUGCUGUCAGAAUUGCAGAAAACCAUCAUAAUUCUUAAACGCUGAUGACGAGUCAUGGAGGGAUAUCUCUAGAACUAUGUGCAUGAGCAAACCGACUGCUAAUUACAGAAAUACCUUGCUAGUUUUGUCUGUGAGUCUUAUGGACCCUUAUAUUUAAAUAUGAGAUAGUAUCUUUAGGUUAAUUUUUUAUACUCUUUUCGGCGUGUUUGUUGAUAAGGCAAGAUAGUGCCCUUAGAGCGUGAUAACUGUUCCAAACCAUUUAGUAGCUGACGGCUUUUCUAUUGAAAUUACAUUAUAGUGAACUGAGCUGCUAAUAGAAUCCCAUAUGACACAUGAAGCGUGUAGCAAAUGCAAAGUAGUUCACAUAAUGUGAAAGAGAUCUCAAACUUAUUAGGAAAAUUUUGUUUUCUUAAUUUUCUUUAUGCUUUAGUGACAGCAUCUAAAUUAUGAAGGGUUUGUUUAAGUUUCAUAUAUAACUCAGAAUGGGUAGUAGCCAGUCCCCUCUCUUUAUAAAACUCUUUAGUUGUAACUCGUUAAGUGUGGCUUGAGCAAAGUUGGCGAGAUUGUUACUCAGAAGAAAAUAACAAGAACCUCACGUGAGGGAACUGUAAAAUGUCCCUUUAAAGAAAAACUUUUUAAAAAAGAGUUAUUUAUUUGAGGAGCAGAGUUACAGACAGAUGGGGCCGGGGGGAGAGAGGUCUUCCAUCUGCUGGUUCACUCCCCAAAUGGCUGUAACUGCCAGAGCUAGGCCGUUCUGAAGCCAGGAGCCAGGAGCUUCUUGCGGGUCUGCCACCCAGGUGCAUUGGCCCAAGUAGUUGGGCCAUCUUCCACCUCUUUCCCAGGCCAUGAGCUGGGAGCUGAAUCAGAGGUAGAGCAGCUGGGACGCGGCCAUAUGGGAUGCUGGCACCGCAGGAGGAUGCUUAACCUACUAUACCACAGUGCUGGCAACCAAAGGAAAACUUUGUAAUUUCCGUACCCUCAAGGGCUGUAGAGCUGGAAGUAGAUUUGAGAAGUGCCUCACUUUGUGUUCAUCAUAAGGUGUUUACACUACUCUGGAAAGAAGGAAAACUCUUGGAUAGCGCCCAGCAAAUGACCUCGUGUCCUGUUAUCCUGGGAACCAUGAAACACUUCAAGUCAUAGUACUGAAGUGUUCAUUCCCUCUUCUCUGUGGAGAAUUCAAUCUGUAUGAUCUAGCCAACAUUAGCAUUGACUGUAGGCUCUGAAUUGUUGCCAUUCCCUCCUCAGUUGUUUUUUGUUUUGUUUUGUUUUUUUAAGAUGUAUUUGUUUACUUGAGAGGCAGAGUGACAGAGAGCUUCCAUCUACUGGUUUGCUCCUCAAAUGUCUGCUGCAGUUAAGGGUGGGCCAGGCGGCAGCCAGGAGCCUGGAAUACCAUCAUGUGGGUGGCAGGGAUCCAAGUACUUGGGCCAUGAUCUAAUGCUCUCCCAGGCACAUUAGCAGGAAACUGGAUUGGAAGUGCAGUAUUGAACCAGCUCUCUGAUAGGGAAUGCAGGUGUCCAAGCAGUGGCUUAACCUGUGUCAUAAUGCUGGCCUCUCUCCCCUAGAUUUAAUAGUGCUGUGACCUCAUAGAUACAGUUAUUAGGGGCUAGGGAUUUUUAUUUGUGUCCAGUGGACUCAGGAAUGAAUGAAGGUUUGAUCUUAAGUUAUACUCUGCUGUAAGAAAAAAAUACAUGAAAUCUGAGACUUAAAGGUCAAAUAGUUAUGAGACCAUCACUUUAUUAAACUGCCCUCUCUGUAUAACAAGCAGUUAGAAAAGUAACAAUUUAAUAUAUGUUGUUGAGGAAGGUGGCGUUUUUGAAUACCGUUGCUGCAUAAAUGAAAGUAUAUUCAUAGGUUAGACUAGUACACCUUUGUAGAAAAGUCUUCAUUGUUUCAUUGCGGAAAAGACUCAAUGUAUCUUUCAAGGCAACUAGAUAAAAUAAUAGAUGAUGUUGCUAUUACUGUCACUGGAAAUGAAAAAGGUAUAUGUAUUUAUAACAUUUUAUUUAGAGGUAUUGUGUGCUAAAGCUAGUGUUAACAUGCUAUGGAGAGAAAGGUAUAAUUCUAGAACAACUUUGUAAGAUUUUCAUGUUUUUCUAAAAUUUGUAUGUUGUAGUAAGUACUUUUAGAGCUUUGACCUUCUAGAAUGUAAAGUACCAUUUAGGUAGGUAUAGGAGCGGCCUCUGUGUUGGAUAUAGAAUUAAAAUAUAUUCUAUAUUUUGUGCUCAGGGGAGGAAUAGAGGGAGGGAGACAGACUUGUUAUUUUUGCAUUUUUUGUGACAUUGCAGGACCAAAGAGUAAAUGAUGGAUUUGUUUGUU